AUGUCGACCCGCCAGACCCGACGAAAGUCUGCCAAGCUGCGCGAAGCUGCCGCCGCCUCCGAUGACGACCAGCACGUCCUCGCCGUCAACGGCAACGGCUCGGCUCGUCAUAAUAACCCCCCCGCCGCGGAUGCGCAUUCGGAAAAGCGCGAGAACAUCUUCCUGUUCUGGCCAAACAUCAUCGGCUACGUCCGCAUCGUCCUGGCCAUCGCCUCCCUCUACUACAUGCCGGUCCACCCGCGGACCUGCUCCGUCUUGUACAGCAUCUCGUGCCUGCUCGACGCCGUCGACGGAUACGCCGCCCGCGUCUUCGAGCAGUCGACGCGGUUCGGCGCCGUCCUCGACAUGGUCACCGACCGCUGCACCACCUCGUGCCUCCUCGUCUUCUUGUCCUCGGCCUUCCCCCGAUGGGCCAUCCUCUUCCAGGGCCUGAUCGCCCUCGACUUUUCCAGCCACUACAUGCACAUGUACGCCACGCUGGUCGUCGGCGGCGCCGACUCGAGCCACAAGAACAUUGACAAGAGCCAGAACUGGCUCCUCAACCUCUACUACACCAACAAGAACGUCCUCUUCACCCUGUGCGCGCUCAACGAGCUCUUCUUCAUCGGCCUGUAUCUCCUUGCCUUUUCGUCGCCCUGGCUGUCCCCCCACCUGCUCAGGAGCGUCGAGGAGACGAGCGGCGGCCACAUCAACCCCGCCGCCCCGGUCAACACCUCGGUGCUGCGGCAAAUGUUCCCCGACCCGUUCAGCGCCGCCGCGCUGGAGAUUGCUCGUACCAAUAAGAUGGACUCGCUCGGUCCCUGGGUCAUCGCCGGCGUCAGCUUCCCCUUCAUGGUCGUCAAGCAGGCCAUCAACGGAGUCCAGCUCUACAACGCCAGCAACUGGCUUGCCGACGUGGACGUCAAGAUGCGCAAAGAAAAGGGUCUUCCCCGCCGGACCAAGUCCAAGCGAGCCUGA